UUUAUCUCCUGCCAUAAUGUAGCUGCUAAUUACUGGCAAGCAGGCUGUAUUCCACGGCCCAUGUGACCAGUUGGGUAUGAUCAGAGAGAAGCGUGGGGAAGAGUGGGCUGAGGGACUCCACUAGAGGCUGACCAUCUGGAUUCCCUGCCUCCCGAGGAGCCUAACACAGCAAAGCAAGUAGGCACAAGGAGUAUGGUUCUAACGUGAUCGGGGUCAUGAAGACGUUGCUGUUGGACUUGGUUUUGUGGUCACUGCUCUUCCAGCCCGGGUGGCUGUCCUGGAGUUCCCAGGUGAGUCAGAACUGCCACAACGGCAGCUAUGAAAUCAGCGUCCUGAUGAUGGGCAACUCAGCCUUUGCAGAGCCCCUGGAAAACGUGGAAGAUGCGGUGAAUGAGGGGCUGGAAAUAGUGAGAGGACGUCUGCAAAACGCUGGCCUAAAUGUGACUGUGAAUGCUUCUUUCAUGUAUUCGGAUGGUCUGAUUCAUAACUCUGGCGACUGCCGGAGCAGCACCUGUGAAGGCCUCGACCUACUCAGGAAAAUUUCAAAUGCAAAACGGAUGGGCUGUGUCCUCAUGGGGCCCUCAUGUACAUACUCCACCUUCCAGAUGUACCUUGACACGGAAUUGAGCUACCCCAUGAUCUCAGCUGGAAGUUUUGGAUUGUCAUGUGACUAUAAAGAAACCUUAACCAGGCUGAUGUCUCCAGCUAGAAAGUUGACAUACUUCUUGGUUAACUUUUGGAAAACCAAUGAUCUACCCUUCAAAACUUAUUCCUGGAGCACUUCGUAUGUUUACAAGAAUGGUACGGAGUCCGAGGACUGUUUCUGGUACCUCAAUGCUCUGGAGGCUAGUGUUUCCUAUUUCUCCCUCGAACUCAGUUUUAAGUUGGUGUUAAGACAAGAUAAGGAGUUUCAGGAUAUCUUAAUGGACCACAACAGGAAAAGCAAUGUGAUUGUUAUGUGUGGUGGUCCAGAGUUCCUCUACAAGUUGAAGGGUGACCGAGCAGUGGCUGAAGACAUUGUCAUUAUUCUAGUGGAUCUUUUCAAUGACCAGUACUUUGAGGACAAUGUUACAGCCCCUGACUAUAUGAAAAAUGUCCUUGUUCUGACGCUGUCUCCUGGGAAUUCCCUUCUAAAUAGCUCUUUCUCCAGGAAUCUAUCCCCAACAAAACGAGACUUUGCUCUUGCCUAUUUGAAUGGAAUCCUGCUCUUUGGACAUAUGCUGAAGAUAUUUCUCGAAAAUGGAGAAAAUAUUACCACCCCCAAAUUUGCUCAUGCUUUCAGGAAUCUCACUUUUGAAGGGUAUGACGGUCCAGUGACCUUGGAUGACUGGGGGGAUGUGGACAGUACGAUGGUGCUUCUGUAUACGUCUGUGGACACCAAGAAAUACAAGGUUCUUUUGACCUAUGAUACCCACGUAAAUCAGACCUACCCUGUGGAUAUGAGCCCCACAUUCACUUGGAAGAACUCUAAACUUCCUAAUGAUAUUACAGGCCGCGGCCCUCAGAUCCUGAUGAUUGCAGUCUUCACCCUCACCGGAGCUGUGGUGCUGCUCCUGCUUGUCGCUCUCCUGAUGCUCAGAAAAUAUAAAAAAGAUUAUGAACUUCGUCAGAAAAAAUGGUCCCACAUUCCUCCUGAAAAUAUCUUUCCUCUGGAGACCAAUGAGACCAAUCACGUUAGCCUGAAGAUCGAUGAUGACAAAAGACGAGAUACAAUCCAGAGACUACGACAGUGCAAAUACGACAAAAAGCGAGUGAUUCUCAAAGAUCUCAAGCACAAUGAUGGUAAUUUCACUGAAAAACAGAAGAUAGAAUUGAACAAGUUGCUUCAGAUUGACUAUUACAACCUGACCAAGUUCUACGGCACCGUGAAACUUGAUACCAUGAUCUUCGGGGUGAUAGAAUACUGUGAGAGAGGAUCCCUCCGGGAAGUUUUAAAUGACACAAUUUCCUACCCUGAUGGCACAUUCAUGGAUUGGGAGUUUAAGAUCUCUGUCUUGUAUGACAUUGCUAAGGGAAUGUCAUAUCUGCACUCCAGUAAGACAGAAGUCCAUGGUCGUCUGAAAUCUACCAACUGCGUAGUGGACAGUAGAAUGGUGGUGAAGAUCACUGAUUUUGGCUGCAAUUCCAUUUUACCUCCAAAAAAAGACCUGUGGACAGCUCCAGAGCACCUCCGCCAAGCCAAUGUCUCUCAGAAAGGAGAUGUGUACAGCUAUGGGAUCAUCGCACAGGAGAUCAUCCUGCGGAAAGAAACCUUCUACACUUCGAGCUGUCGAGACCGGAAUGAGAAGAUAUUCAGAGUGGAAAAUUCCAAUGGAAUGAAACCCUUCCGCCCAGAUUUAUUCUUGGAAACAGCAGAGGAAAAGGAGCUAGAAGUGUACCUACUUGUAAAAAGCUGUUGGGAAGAAGAUCCAGAAAAGAGACCAGAUUUCAAAAAAAUUGAGACUACACUUGCCAAGAUAUUUGGACUUUUUCAUGACCAAAAAAAUGAAAGCUAUAUGGAUACCUUGAUCCGACGUCUACAGCUAUAUUCUCGAAACCUGGAACAUCUGGUAGAGGAAAGGACACAGCUGUACAAGGCAGAGAGGGACAGGGCUGACAGACUUAACUUUAUGUUGCUUCCAAGGCUAGUGGUAAAGUCUCUGAAGGAAAAAGGCUUUGUAGAGCCGGAACUAUAUGAGGAAGUUACAAUCUACUUCAGUGACAUUGUAGGUUUCACUACUAUCUGCAAAUACAGCACCCCCAUGGAAGUGGUGGACAUGCUUAAUGACAUCUAUAAGAGUUUUGACCACAUCGUUGAUCAUCAUGAUGUCUACAAGGUGGAAACCAUUGGCGAUGCCUACAUGGUGGCUAGUGGUUUGCCUAAGAGAAAUGGCAAUCGACAUGCAAUAGACAUUGCCAAGAUGGCCUUGGAAAUCCUCAGCUUCAUGGGGACCUUUGAGCUGGAGCAUCUUCCUGGCCUCCCAAUCUGGAUUCGCAUUGGCGUUCACUCUGGUCCCUGCGCUGCUGGAGUUGUGGGAAUCAAGAUGCCUCGUUAUUGUCUAUUUGGAGAUACAGUCAACACAGCCUCUAGGAUGGAAUCCACUGGCCUCCCUUUGAGAAUUCAUGUGAGUGGCUCCACCAUAGCCAUUCUGAAGAGAACUGAGUGCCAGUUCCUGUAUGAAGUGAGAGGAGAAACGUACUUAAAGGGAAGAGGAAAUGAGACUACCUACUGGCUGACCGGGAUGAAGGACCAGAAAUUCAACCUGCCAACCCCUCCUACUGUGGAGAAUCAACAGCGUUUGCAAGCAGAAUUUUCAGACAUGAUUGCCAACUCUUUACAGAAAAGACAGGCGGCAGGGAUAAGAAGCCAAAAACCCAGACGAGUAGCCAGCUAUAAAAAAGGCACUCUGGAAUACUUGCAACUGAAUACCACAGACAAGGAGAGCACCUAUUUUUAAACCUAAAUGAGGUGUAAGGACUCACACAAAUUAAAAUACAGCUGCACUGAGGCAGCGACCUCAAGUGUCCUGAAAGCCUGCAUUUUCCUGAGACCUCAAUGAAGCAGAAAUGUACUUAGGCUUGGCUGCCCUGUCUGGAACAUGGACUUUCUUGCAUGAAUCAGAUGUGUGUUCUCAGUGAAAUACCUACCUUCCACUCUGGAGCCUCAUUCCAGCAGUUGUUCCAGGGACCUUCCACCUGGAAAAGAAAAGAAAUGAACAGACUAUCUAGAACUUGAGAAGAUUUUAUUCUUAUUUCAUUUAUUUUUUGUUUGUUUGUUUUUAUUGUUUUUGUUUACUGGCUCUUUUUCCUUCUGUAUUCAUAAGAUUUUUUAAAUUGUCAUAAUUAUAUUUUAAAUACCUUAUCUUCAUUAAAGUAUAUUUAACUCAUAA